AUGGUGAUUCAUCCUUGGGCUGAAAAUUUUGAAGAGAAUAAAUCAAGAUUGAACGCGCACCGAUGUGGCUACAGGUUACAGGGCUCCCGAGUCACUGGGUUUCGGAGGAGGCCGGCUGAAAAUUCGGCUUACAAGAUUGAUACUUAUCAGUUAGAAAUAUAUAUUACCUUCUUGGUGGCUGGUGAGAAGGGAAGAAAAAUUAGGGAGCUCACCUCCAUUGUUCAGAAGAGAUUUAAGUUCCCUGAAAAUAGUUUGCAGUUCUACGCUGAAAGGGUUAACAACAGGGGUCUUUGCGCUGUUGCCCAGGCUAAGUCUCGACGUUACAAGCUUCUCGGAGCACUCGCUGUCCGAAGAAUGGCUCCUUGUGCACCAAAGAUGAUUGCGAACAAGGUUGAAAUUGACAAGCUCAACGACUCUGAUCAGCCUUGGACUGCUAUUGGUGCUAAAGUAGAAGGUAUCAUGUUCGGACAGGCCGUCAGCAUCAUGGGACCACGACUCCAGGCGUGUAGAAAAUACCGAGUCUCCAAUUCACCUAUACGGUACAUUAAACCAGAGUAUAGGUCUCCUGGUCUUUCCAAACAAUGGGUCAUUGGUAUUGGGACGGUUGUUGAAGAGGUUAACGAACCUAUUACUACCCUUGUGACCAAGGAACAAUACACGCCCUUUGAUUCCCUUAAUGAUUUUGCUGGUAUUCAAGAUGGCUUUGUUGAUGUUAUUGUUGUCAUCGUUGAGAGAAGCCACCCGCAAACUGUUACAACAGGAAAAGGGAAAAAAAGAAUGAUCCAGAAGUUCUGUAUGCUAAAUGAAGAGUUGCAAUAUGUGAGAUUGUCACUUUGGGAAGAAUUUCACCAGGAUGUUGGAAUAUUAUUAACUGAACAAGUUCAAGCUAAGAGUUACCCAACAGUCAUUUGCCGCCGAAUGCUUGUCUCUGUAUACAACGGAAUUGAGGUAACAACUUCACAUAGAUCGGUGGUUUUGAUCAAUCCCCCUUCUGACAAAGCAAGGAAAUUGAGGAAUUGGUCACAACAAAACAGGAACAAAAUCGAUCUUUUCUUGCAGAAUAAACCAUCAUUCUCGUCUACUCCUGCCAUCAGUCACAAAAACCUUUCACAAGUCACUCUAGUCACACAUAUCGAUGAUGAACAACAUGAUAUCUUGGUCAAAGUCCAUGUUGAGUUCAGAGACAUACCACAACCAUUCUACUACAUGGCUUGCAAGGAAUGCGGCACUGGAACAUCAGCAACCUAUCAACAAGAUUUCAAAUGCAACAAGUGUUCAUUAAAGCAAUCUGCAACCAACCCAAAGUGUCGUCUAAGAGCUAACAUUCAUGACGACAGCGGUUCAAUCCAAGCUAGCAUUUUUGGUAGCAUUGCAGAAAAGAUAUUGGGUUUCACUGCAACAGAAAUCGUCGAGAACCCUGAAAAGAUAAAUCUUAAAGAAAUACAUGAGCUGUUAGAAAACAAAGCAUUUCUAUUGCAGCUGAGAGGAUCAAAAAGAAUGUACAGGGGGAUUCGAGAUUACAAUGUCAACAAUUUAAUUGAGGACGAUGGCUCUUUUCUGACGCCAUUGCUGACAAAUGCCAGAGAGAGUGAAUUCGCAGAUGAAGUACUUGAGGACAACAACACUGAAGUUACGCCGAUCAAACAAAUAAGCGACCGACAUGAGAACAUUACGGUCAGAGUUUAUGUUGAUUUCAAAGAUAUACCUCAAACAUUCUACUAUCUCGCUUGCAAAAACUGUGAUGCGGGAACCUCUCACAUGUAUAAUACUCCAUUCCAAUGCACCAUAUGCAAAGUGAAACAAUAUGCAGACAACCCGAGAUGUCGCAUAAGGUUCAACCUGCGUGACAACACAUAUCACUUGCAAGCUACGGCGUUAGGUGUUAUCGGAGAGAAGAUCUUGGGUGUUACUGCAAAACAGAUGAUAGAAGAGCGAGAAAAGUUUGACCUAAAAGCUAUUGAACAAAAACUAGAACGCCAAAAAUACCGGUUACAGUUGAAACGGUGUCCAGUAUUAUACGAGGGGCAUCGUGAUUACAUCGUCGUCAGUUGUAUCGAAGAUAACACCCCAGACAGUGAGAUGCAAUUACUCUUGCCUAUACAGGGCGAUCAAACAAAUGCUACAGAAAAUGCUGCUCCUCUACCCUCUGAUGAAGAUGCUGUCACUGCAGGAAGAUCUUCAACUGAGCAGAUUGACACCAAGUCACACUCUGACACCAAUGAAGUUGAUGUCCCGCUAAAAAGGCCAUGUUCUCCAAGCAGCAAAGUUGACAAUGACAGUGAUGCCGUCGCUGAUGAUGUCCCUUUCAAGAGAGCAACAAAACGAAACAAGAAAGCAUUGGUUUGA